GGUUUUAUUUCCUCCAUCGAGUAUACUAAAAAUUUUAAUCUCAAGUAACAGCUCCGAUUCCCCUUUAUUGCGAGUGUUGUUACACCGCAGUAGCAUUAAAAGUGUGGAAUAAAACAUAAGGUGUAAGCAAAAGAUCCCUAUCGUUGACCCAUAAGAUGCGUCCUCGUGUCCAUUUGUUGUAAAACCAGUCACUGUUGGUUUGUUUAAUUAUGUUAGAGAGUAAUAUUUUAUGUGACAAGGUGAGCUUCUACGUAGAUAAAUUUUGUGCGUUUUACAGUAAAUCAAAUUCAUCCAAAUAAUAACCAUGAAAGCUGCCGCAGCGCUAUUAGUGGUAAUGAUGUUGAAGUUGAUGUCUAAUAAAGUGAGCAUGAAACCUACUGGCGAAGACAUGGAUGGUGAAGUCGAUAUGGAUAAAGACAUGUCGAUGAGUUUUGAAAAGAAUAAUAUGAAGGCAGAUGAAGCUGGCGUGAUCAAUCGAGGCUGUGCUGGAGAAAUUGAGGAGUACAAUGAGAUGAUGUCCAAAGGAAUACAAAGCCUGUCUUAUGAUGAUUUGUACGAUCUUCUCAAAUACAACCGAACUGAUUUUGUUCUUGUUGAUGUAAGAACACCACAAGAGUUUGCUGAUGGUCACAUACCAGCAUCUUUCCUCGUUACCAUCACGAACGGAAAAUUCGAAGAACACGUGGACUUUCGUCAAAUUUUGUGCGGCAGAAAGUUUAUAGUUCUCUACUGUAGAUCUGGAAGAAGAGCUCUCGUCGCUGCUAACUUGUUGAAGUCGAAAGUGCCAACAAAGCUGUACUCCGGUUCGUGGAUUGAAUGGAGCACUGAGAAUCCUAAAAAUAUCGUACCGUACGUGAGGAAACGAAUGUAACUCUAGCUCAUAAAGUUUGAGCAGAAUACUCAAAUUUUUAUUGCAGUAUCUUACAGUCGUGUAUAUAUGAUUAAAACACCAGAUACAAAGAAUCACCAAAAGCAAAUUGAGGAUAAUUAUGAGUGGUAUAUAUAGUUGUGUAUUGUUGAACUUUAAAAAAAACUAAUGCAAUUGAAGCCAUAUAUAUCCAACUACAAAUAUAUUAUCAUCUUCUAGCGUAUUUCGAAUUUUCAAAAGAAAAGCUUUAAUCAGAGAAAUUUAACAUAUUCGAAAAUUUAUUAUUUUUUAGUAUUGGUUUUCACUAUGUCGCUGUCGCCUUCAGUAGGCAUUUCUGAUGUGGUUUCUGUUAUGUAAAUUAGUGGGCACAUCAUAUCAGAUGUAUUGUGGGUGUCGGAAUGUGGGAUGCAGUAUAACUACCUAAAACCAAUACCUAAAUAUAUAAAACAAAUCUGUUUAUACAAACAGGUGAGAUCAAGGUAAAUUAGAUGUAAUUAUUAUAGCAGUUUUUAUGACUCCGAAACAAAAGAUAGGGUAUUUUCAGGUUUGGUUUUUCAAAUUUUAAAAUAUAAAAUUAAAUCGACUUUAUGUGAAAUAGCAAGCGUCCAAAAUUGUAAAAUAUAUAUAUAGAAUCAAAUUCAUCAAAAAAAAUUUCCGUGAUAACACACCUUUUGGCGAACGCCAUAAUAAACGCGAAAAACAUG